AUGUCCACGCCUUCUCUCAUCCCCUCCGGCGUCCACGAAGUCCUCGCCAAAUACAAAGACGGAAACUAUGUCGAUGGAUGGGCCGAGCUCUGGGACAAGAGCAAAGGCGACCGUCUACCCUGGGAUAGAGGAUUCCCCAACCCCGCGCUGGAAGACACCCUGAUCCAGAAACGCGCGAUCAUCGGCGGCCCCCUCGGCCAAGACGCACAGGGCAAGACGUACCGCAAGAAGGCGCUGGUACCGGGCUGCGGUCGCGGUGUGGACGUGUUGCUGUUGGCGAGCUUCGGGUACGAUGCCUAUGGUUUGGAGUACAGCGCCACUGCGGUGGAUGUGUGUCAGGAGGAGCAGGCGAAGAACGGGGAUCAAUACCCCGUGCGGGAUGCGGAGAUCGGACAGGGCAAGAUCACCUUUGUGCAGGGUGAUUUCUUCGAGGAUACAUGGUUGGAGAAGCUAAAUCUGACGCGGAACUGCUUCGACGUGAUUUACGAUUACACGUUUUUCUGCGCGUUGAACCCCUCAAUGCGCCCACAAUGGGCCCUCAGACACACUCAGCUACUCGCAGAUUCACCCCGCGGGCACCUCAUCUGCCUUGAAUUUCCAAGACACAAGGAUCCAUCCGUUCAAGGACCUCCGUGGGGUUCAGCCUCGGAGGCUUACCGGGCACAUCUGAGCCACCCGGGCGAGGAAAUCCCCUACGAUGCCAGCCGUCAAUGCCAGUUUGACUCCUCAAAGGCCCCAAGCGCACAGGGACUUGAGCGAGUCGCGUAUUGGCAACCAGAGCGGACCCAUGAAGUUGGGAAGAAUGAGAAGGGGGAGGUUCAAGAUCGGGUUUCGAUAUGGCAGCGUCCUCCUCAAUCGUCUCUUUAG